UUUAUUUUCCUGUAUGUCUGUGCGGUUGAAUAACCUAUUUAGAAUGAUCUAGCACCCUAAUGCUGGGGACAAUGUUAGGAGACAAUACGGUCUAACAAUAAAUACGAUCUGUAUCAAUUCAACAAGAUACUGUUUUCUAAGUGAAAUGUUUGUUGCUUUGCUUUUAUUGUUGCAUCUCUGUUCUGCAAAAUAUUUCAGCUUCGGAAAAGAUUUAUGUAAAACGGUUUCUUUCUGUAUACGUAGAAACUUCUAGACAAGCGUACAAUUUUGUUUAUUUUGCUUCCAGCAAAUAUCCGUCAUUUAGCCAGAUAUAUGCAUUGAUGUACUAUCUUCUUGUAAAACACAGACACAAGUCUCACUGACAGCACGCAAGAAGGAAGGAACUUUAAGUGCAUAAUUUUGAAUGCUCCUACAAAAUCUUAUCUCUGGCACAAACGUCGUUGUGACUAAGAAUCCAUUAUUGUGUAUUUAUGGUCAACAGAUUAUGAUUGAUAUGUGAUUCAUCAACACGGGACAAAAAUGGAAGAAGUCAAGGAAACGUUUGAAAUUAUUGAAGAGCAGUACUCAAAAUUAAAAUUCAUUCUUGAGAAUGAGGGUGACGAACUUUUCAAAAACAAUGAUUUAAAAGAAGCUCAGGUGCUUUUCCAAGCUAUUGUCAACAAAUUAAAUUUCGUGAUGGAUUUCGACAAUCUAGAUGCUGAUUGUAAAUCGAGACUACAGGCGAUAAUGUUGCAUAUAUCUACUGAAGAAGCUAAAUUUUUAACCAGAUGUGGUAACGAAUUAAAAGCUGCAAAUAUUCUCCUUGAUGCGAUUCGAGCUAGUGAAAUGCGAAGUACCGAGUUUCCUCUCAUCUGUCUCCGGGCAGCAAAUGUAUGUGCUGCACUUCUCAUCCACCAUGACAAUGGAUCUGUAGAAGGUGCUGCUUCGGUAGUCAGAAAAGCAGUAGAGGACUACAAAGAAGCUGAGGAACAGGGCCUAUUGAUGUGCAAACUAAAUGGUGAGCAGCUGUUGCACCUAGUAACAGGACAUCAGUUGGGAGACAGUGACACGGAGUGGGAGUGUCGAGAGGCAGUUUCUACAGCACUACUGCUGUUGGCCAUAGGACAUGGCCGCAUGACAUGCCAAGUGCUGCACCAGCCUUUCCUACAACAUGCACUGAGUGUUCAGCUCCUCUGGCCUUCUGCACACCUUGAUCGGAGGCGCUGGACCAUCGCCGCUCUGUCUCUCGCUGCCUGCUUCAUUGACAGCUGCAGACUCAGGGCCGCUCGCCGCUAUCUGUGUGCCGCGGGCUACAUGCUGCAACAGGAAAUCAACAGCAAAAACAAUGCUCUGCCUGACGUUAGCUGGUUUAAGUCAAUACAAACGCUGCUGCGCCACCUGUUCGAGCUCAUUGUGGGUUACGCACUAGCUGUCUUCAGGACGUCACGGCCUUAUUGGGAAGAGACUCCACAGAAAUCUCGGGAGCAAAGCACGCGAGCCCACGACCUGGCUGGAGGGUCGUCUACUGCAGAAGAAAGCGACAGCGACCUCGCAGAAGCUCCUGGUUCUGCACAGUUUGCAGACCAUGAAGACGACGAAGAGUCUCUGGAUCUCGGCGCUAAGCUAGGGAAACUUGUUCAGGAGGCGGACAGGCGCCUCAUUGAUCAGUUCAGAAAAACGAUUGUGCCUGGGCUUUCUCCUUUCGUCGAAUUUGCAAACGCUAUCGAUUCAGUUCCAACCAAGUGUCUCAUAGAUGUGUCCAAAGGUACUGUAGAUAUUGAUGAAUUUGCCAUGACUGAAGGAAAUAUAGCUACGAAUGACGAAUCAAAGUCUUCAUAUACGCGGGGAGAUGCAUGUGGCAAUAUUUCUGCAUUUUGUGAAACUUCAGACCACAUGGUUGCAGUAAAUGAACCAGUCGACAUUGAAGAAUUUGCUAUUCCUGUCAGAGAAAUCAAUGAAGAAAGCUCUGACCAUAGUGAAAUCGAUGAUACAGCAAUCUCUACCCCACCGGAACCACCUGAAGGCAAGGCAGACGGUACAGACCAGAAUGAAAAAGAAAAUAUCGCGGAGAAGGGCGAGUCUGAGACAAUAGGAGAAGGAAAUUCGGAAGAAAGAGAAGAGCGCCUGUCGGCUGUGAACGCCUACGCGUCAGAUGAGGAACCAGGUACACCUGAGGAGCUCAAAGUCGAGAGUUCAGCCUCGCCAGUUUCCAGUGAGAAGCAAGAUUAUGUAGACGUCAAUGGAGACGUGAUGGAAGUGAGCGAAAAAGUUGAGCAAUCUAUAGUUGGUUCUGACAGGCAUUUGGCGGGAUCUGGCACGGGAAAGAAGAAGCAACAGGAAGAGACGCCAGAAGAGUGUCAGCAGUCCCUGCUGCGAUCUGGUGCUGGUGACUCUGAGUUCUCUGUACAAGUGUGGUCUGAAACAGUGGCUCUCAGCAGGCAGCGGGUCAGCACCUCUGAGGCACCGUCGGAAGAGGCUACAGCUUCGCCAGAAGUAGCACAUCCAUUCACUUCGCAGACCAAGGCGGACGCUGACACAGCCUGCGAGAGCAGACAGGUUGGCUGCGUGGAGACGGAGCUGAUGCACUCAGAGCCCAGCAUAGUCGUGGCAGAUGUCCACAAGAAAGAAGAGACUAAGUCCUUAGAAGCGAAUUCUACUGAAGAGGACCGUCAGCCAGAAGCGUGUGGAGAACGGGGGUCAGCCGAUGGCAGUCAACAGCUGGAAGAUGACGAUGACGACGACGACGAUGAUCAGUGGGAAGAUGUGUCCAGCGAGGAGUCGGAGUCAGAAGAGGAAGAAGAGUCGCGGUCUACAGCGAGCGCUCCCGGUGGCGACGGCCCCAUUGAGGACGGACUGGACCUGCUGGACAUGGGCGAGUGGGAGGCCGCCAUACCUCCCCCUCCAGUGCGCUCUCCGUCGGACGCGGCCUGGCUGCUGGAGGCUGGCUGCUGCUGGCUGGAGCGCUACAAGACAGCGGUCGAAGGUCGGUUCAACAAGCAGCUACUGCUGGACAUCGCGGAGCUGAUGCGGCACGCGGCGAGGUUCCUGCCUUUCGGUCGCAUCAGGAAGCGGCUGCUGCGAGCUGCCGUCCGAAGGCUUCAGGCGGCGCGCGGCUUGUGCGACGGCAGCGGGGACGCGACCGAGCGGCGCGUGCUGUGCGGGCUGGCCCUGGCGCUGCUGGAGCUGCGGCUGUCGGCGGAGUGUGUGGGCGGCGUGGGGCAGCUGCGGGCGGCGGCCGAGGCGCUGUCCGGCCUGAGCGCGGCGCUGCACGAGCACGGCCGCAGCCAGCUGCUGCUGCAGCUGCACCUCGUGCGCGAGGUGCUGGACGCGCCCUUCGGCUCGUGACCGGCCGAGGGGGCCGCGACGUUACCCAGACUGCCGACCGGCAGUGCGUCACUACUCCUUUGUACUAAAGUUCAAUUCAGAUCGGCCGUUCUCAAAUACGGCCACUUCCGGAAUCCGUAGCGAGGCGCACAUUCGUGUAUGAUAAGUGCAAAUUCUCAGCCUCCAGUCUCUCGUCUUUCACUGUCUCUGACACAGUAAUUCUUCCACGAUCCGUACAUAUUCAUUGUUGUAGUAGCACCGAUCACGUCUGGUAGAGCUUCACAGUUGCAGUAAAACUGAAAUCAAAGUGUACUCUAUUCCACGUACCGGUUCACAUCAAAUUUAAGAUAUAUCCCGAUUUCGUCUCAUGUUCACAGUAAUAAAAUCGUGUGUAUCAGAAAU